AUGGACGGAAGCGUGAACGGCUCCAAAACAUAUUCGUUCGUGCCCCUCUCCGGAGUCAACUCGAAGAAGCGCCCACGCCGACGUUUUGAUGAGAUUGAGCGCCUCUAUGUCUGCAACUGGGGAGAUUGUGAGAAGGCCUAUGGCACCCUCAAUCAUUUGAACGCACAUGUAAACAUGCAGAAGCAUGGUCCUAAGCGUUUGCCAGCAGAAUUCAAAGAGAUGCGAAAGGAAUGGCGAAAACAUAAGCGUGCUCAAGAGGAGGCUGCGAAACAGGCAGCUGCAUAUCAUCAACAGCAGAGUCAAGCCCAACAAGUUCAGUUGCAACAACAAGCUUCGCUAUGUGAUCCAGUUCUGGCAGCACAUAUGCACUCUGUACAUCAUCCCUUGGCAAUGCAUGCAAUGUCCCAUCAUCAACCUCACCAGCUUCCUCAUCCUCACGCACAUCCAAAUCAACAUCACCCACACUCUCAAUCCCAACACCAUCAUCCUAUGGGAUUCUAA